AUGUUUGUGGGUGGCCUCAGUUGGGAUACAAGCAAAAAAGACUUGAAAGAUUACUUCACCAAAUUUGGUGAGGUAACCGACUGCACGAUAAAGAUGGACCCUAACACAGGAAGAUCCAGAGGCUUUGGAUUUAUUCUCUUCAAAGAACCUGGGAGUGUUGAAAAGGUUCUGGAACAGAAAGAACACAGGCUAGAUGGCCGACUAAUUGACCCCAAGAAGGCCAUGGCAAUGAAAAAGGAUCCAGUGAAGAAAAUAUUUGUUGGUGGACUAAACCCAGAAGCCACAGAAGAGAAAAUCAGGGAAUACUUCGGAGAAUUUGGAGAGAUUGAAGCAAUUGAACUUCCAAUGGAUCCAAAGACCAACAAAAGGAGGGGGUUCGUGUUCAUCACUUUCAAGGAAGAGGAUCCAGUGAAGAAGGUUUUGGAGAAGAAAUUCCAUAACGUCAGUGGAAGCAAGUGUGAGAUUAAAGUAGCACAGCCAAAAGAAGUUUACCAGCAGCAGCAGUUCAGUAGUGGUGGAGGAAGAGGCAGCUAUGGAGGAAGAGGCAGAGGCGGAAGAGGCGGCGCUCAAAGUCAAAAUUGGAAUCAAGGUUAUGGCAAUUACUGGAACCAGGGUUAUGGGAAUCAAGGAUACGGCUAUCAGCAAGGUUAUGGUGGCUAUGGAGGCUAUGAUUAUUCAGGAUAUGGGUAUUAUGGAUAUGGACCAGGCUAUGAUUACAGUCAAGGCAGUGCAAAUUAUGGGAAGACACCAAGACGUGGUGGUCAUCAGAAUAACUACAAGCCAUAUUGAUCAAACUUAUUCAGGCCUGGCAGUGGUCACAGUUGAUGCCUACAAGCACUGGAUAUUCCACAAGUUGAAGACGGAAUACUGACUUGUUUACCUGAAGAUAAUAGGACUUCGGGGUAUUUCCUCAGAGAAAAUAUAAAUUUUAAUAUAAUUUCAUAAGCUUUGGAGGUUAGCUUGUCUUGUAGCUUCAGUGAUAUCAGACUUCAAGUAGGAGCUAGAUAGAAAGCUGUUUAGUUUUUGCCAGCGUAUGUAAAACAAGACUUUUCUAUCUGCAUUGUAGAUUGUUUGUGGACACUUCCAGAUUCUUGUGCUUUUCUGCAGUCAUUCUGGGGACUGAACUCUCAUUGAUACAAUAGAGGUUCCAUGAACAGGACACGUACAGGAAUUUUGAGUGUAGAAACCAGCAGUGUUUGUGAUUUGGAGUAGUGAAUUGCUUUUAGUUUGGAGAUUACAGGGGGAGAUGGGAAGAGCAGCUGUCCAUUAAGGGAACAAUUACAGAUCUUCUUCCCAGUGACAUCAAUGAGAGAUUUGCCUUCAACCUUCCACAGAAGAUUUUUAGCUUUAAUUUGAGACAGUAAAAGGGGUCUUUCAAAAGCACUAAAAGCCAGUGGGAGCUUGUUUGACUGCUCCUUAUGCCUUUAAAGACCCCUGCACCAAAAGUGAUAGCUAACAACAUGAAAUAGAAGUAAAUAAAAAUGCAUUUUCAUUGCUGUUUUUGAGUUACAUAA